UAUCUUUCUCUCCACUUUCCUCUAGUCCUUUGCCUCGUGAUUGCAAUGAUCCGCAGGACUGUUGAGUGUCGCCUCGAGGGAAGUCGCAGGACCGGGCGAUCUCCGUGGAGACAAUGAUAGCUAUGUAGUUGGCUGUACUUGCGGGCCAGCACGGCUGUCACCGGUGAAGGUUGGGACGACCAUCAAGAUGGCAUCUUCUUCCUUUCCGUUCCUUAUCAUCUGCUCUUAAAUAGGGAGCAGAGCAAGUCGCGCCGGGAUCGUCUCGUUUCUUUUUCCCUUUCUUUCUUAAUUCUUCUUAUAAUUUUCCCUUCCCUCCGCCCUUCCCCGCCGAAAGAAGAACUCCGCCUGGUAUCUCGCGAUUUUUCACGGCUUCAUUAAACUCGCCUUGCAUUUCUUAACCUACAACACUUUAUAAACCUUCCUAUGUCUCAAUUGCCUUUCAUUCUCCCUCCGUCUCCAACAUCAUCUGCCUCGUCUGGUUCCGCGGGCCCCUCCACGCCCGGUGUAUCUUCCGCGGUGUCUUACACCGCGCGUCUCACACUUCCCACCCUCCCUGAUCUCGACGGUUAUGAUGGGUCAAGUGCAGGCGGUGUCAAGCGGACUCUCAAGUUCAAGAAGAUGCCCAGUGCCGCCGAGCGUAGGGCCUCGCAUAACGCGGUCGAACGUCAACGCAGGGAGGCGUUGAACUCGCGUUUUCUGGAUCUCGCUGGUGUCCUACCGAAUCUCGUCAACAUACGCCGACCUUCCAAAUCGAGUAUCGUCAACUCGUCGAUCGCGUACGUCAACGCGUCGCGCCGCCAUCGCAUCUGUGCAACGCAACAGCUCCGAGCGCUUGCCAACGAAUGCGAUGCCCUCCGUCGCGAGGCUAACGAGUGGCGUUCCCGGGCCGGCGUCCACCGCCUUGAAACUCCCGCGCGCGGCGAGAUGUACGCGGUGAUGGGCGAAGAGCUGCAGUACGAUGCUAGCGAUCUGCACAACGUGCUCGAGUACGAAGACGGGGAUGAUUACGCGGCUGGCGUGAAAGAGGACGAGCUGGGGCAGUUCCCGAUGCCUCCCGUUCAGGAGCAUCCGGUUCAGUUUGCCCCCCACAGUGCGGGUGUCUCUCCUCUGACCCCGCAGUCGGCACACUCGUACCACGUCACCGGAUGGCACACGCCCGCGAUCGCUUCGCCGGCAGUGUACGAACAUUAUGACCCGCAGCUGCACCUUCAGCAGCUGAUGAAUCAUCGAGAGGCCGAGGACAAGUGGGCCUACUCGCAGCAGAUGAUGUCGCCGCAGAGUGUUUGCGACACUGAACAGUUGCUUGCCCAGGACCGGAGCCGCCAAGCACCAACUGUUUGGUAAGUCUACCUCUGCAUGUUAAAAGGACACACGGACCCAGGGACUUUUUUUUGCUUUCUCUUUUACGUCACUCACUCACCGCGUUCUCGUUCUACUCUAUCUACAUAUUAUAAUUCUGAACUGUAUUGUACAAACUUACAUAUAAUGCUUCUAAUAAAAACCGGCCUUUAAGCAACACAGAA